CAGGACCCCCACUCUAUCAUUUCACAUUCCCCAUCCAUCCUCAGUAUUCAAUUUGCGGCUCAUCAGCUAGAGCGGCCCUGGGGAGAAGUUGCGACAAGCAUAUUUUCCCCUACACCAGAGGACGAUCCAACACGCCAUGGAGUCAGUACUUUACGGACCACCGCGCUUGGCGAAAGCCCCCGCACGACAUUGGAUCACUUCAGACUUUCGCGAUGUGGAUGACAGGGUUCGUGGCGGCAGUUCUCGGAGCACACUCAGGCUAAUCGGCCAAGAUAUAAGAACAUCUGUCACGCCUGAUGUCAAACGCAAGGAGAAGGCGAAAGAGCCUAGUGAAGACAUUGAGAACAUUGGAGAAGUUGUCUUCGAGGGCUUCUUGGACACGACCACAUUGGGGGGUGCAGGAUUUUCCUCUCAGGUUUGUUCAACCGGGUUCCCUUGGAGCGUUAGCCAAGAGCAAUUUCGAGGGCUUGCUCUACGAUAUCGGCAGCCGUCUCCGUCAGUGCAGCCGGAAGAAAAACAACCAGGAGGCGGGAACACGCCAGUGACUUCCUACGUUAUCCAACUGAAGAUGGCCGUGCCGGAGAGUCGACCAGACGGAAGGAGGGAAAGCGUUGUUGCAUACGAAUGGGAGUUUGACACGAAUACUGCCGCGGCAAAAGAAACGCCAGUAGGUCAGCUCGUUCGGGUUGCUGCAGAUUGGAGUGCCUUUCGGCCAACCUAUCGGGGCAGGCCGAAGGAUGGUGCAGAACCUCUCGAUCCUGCCAAGGUCAAGGAAUGGAGCAUCAUGGCUCGUAGUAAUUUCGGCUCUCAAUCUGGCUCAUUUCUGCUGCAAAUUGCUGCACUUUCAGCCAUUCAUUCGACUACAAAUCUGCUUGCCACAGGUAAAGAGACCAACAAGAACCUCAUGCACCCUGUCGACCGUACGUCUGGCGAGUACUACGGCUUCGCGCUGUUCAUAUUUGCAACUGUCAUGUGGGCGCUUUGGUGCUUAUGGGCGCUACUCCCUGACAGCGCUCUAAAAUGGCUGGGAGUGGAGUGGUAUCCUAAUAGAGAAUGGGCGUAUCUCAUUCCAGCUUGGAGCCUCAUGACGGUAUUGCUGACGUACAUUGGGUUCAUGGCACUGAAUAUUUACAACACGCCAUCUCACGAAGAUCUGCGAACGGUCACAGACUCUCACGCGAAUGUCCUCCCUCAGCCUGGCGCCUUGGCCGGAAUGCGCAUCAGCGAGACCGGCCAAGAGCAGGGUCCUCUUGCUGCUGGCAUCUACGAUCUUCCGCUAGGAAUGGUCAGCCGUGCCUUGUAUCUCGACCAAGAAUGAAGCAGCAGCAUGUGCGGGCAAAUUGAGGCAGGGCAUCACCAAACGAGGUGCUUUGAGAACAUAUGGUAGGCGAGCCGACUAG